AAAAAGAGGGCUCGUUCAAGAUGCAAGUGGAUCACAAAUGACAAGUCUUCUGCUUCUUUGGCCAUGAAUGAGAAAUCUAUUUAAAGAACAAACACGUCAUAUGAAAGGGUACGUAAUUUCUUCUGAUUUUCUCAAGUAAAACGUACAGCAGAUAUGGGCGUUCCUGACUUUUUCAUGUGGACGUCAUUUGCUUUGGCUUCUCUUCUUCUUCUGACCAUGGAAUCAUGCUCCUCACUCACACCUGUUGACAACUACUUACUCGCUUGUGGUUCUUCUGUUGAUAUACGCUUCGAGGGUCGAACUUUUCUCCCUGAAUCUGUCUAUGAUAAACGUACUUUACAAUUGAAAAGCCAGAAAUCUAUUGCUGUUACCACUCAAUCUCGUGCUCCAUCUCCAAUCUACCAGUCAGCCAGAAUCUUUUGGGGUAGAGCUUCAUAUAUAUUCAGAAUUGGACAUCCAGCUCAGCACUGGAUCCGCCUCUACUUCUACCCUUUCCCCAACUCUCACCAGAACUUGCCUUCUUCCUCAGUAACAGUAGUCGCUGAUGGGGUUGUGCUUCUCAAAGAUUUCAACUUCAUGAAGUAUGGUGGCUCUCACUUGUUCAAGGAAUAUGUAAUCAAUAUCACAUCCCCCACAAUGACCCUCACAUUCAUCCCUUCUGCCAACUCAUCUGUGUUUGUUAAUGCAAUAGAAGUUGUCUCCACACCGGGUGAUCAAGGCAUUUAUGUAAUCAACAACACAUCAGUUCAUCUGUUGCAUCUUUCAAAAUUUGUCCUGGAAACUGUUUACAGGUUAGAUAUGGGUUAUGAAUCCCUCACCACUCGGAAUGACGAACUUGGUCGGAACUGGGAGGGUGAUGAGAAAUACUUGGCCUCCAAUAGUAGGGCGCUGAAUAUUUCAAUUGAUACUAAAGAAAGCAAUUUUGGAUACCUUACGUCUGUCAUAGCACCAGAUUGGGUCUAUGCUACAGCCAAAGCCAUGGCAGAUGCAGGAAGCCCCGACUUACGUUGGAUCUUCUCUGUAAAUCCAAAUGACAACUAUUUUGUUCGGGUACACUUCUGGGAUAUCAUAAGCAAGCCGGAAGAGAUGGGAAUGUUCAACCUGUUUAUCGAUGGUGUAGCUUAUGAAAAACGCCGUCUUUACUCUCCAGAUCCUAGAAUUUCUGGGCAGGAGCGACAUUACAUGGAUUUUGUUGUGUCUACAAGAGGAAACAAUUUGACAGUAACUGUUGCUCCUGAUAGAACGACAAAUAGUACAAAUGCUACCAUGAACGGGCUGGAGAUAAUGAAGAUCAUUGAUGAAGUUAGAGCCUUGGACGGAAGGGCUUGCGUGAAAUUAAUAGUUGGAUCUGUCUUGGGUGCUGCAGCCUUCCUAGUUCUCAUUGUAGUAACUUUAUGUUACUUGAAAACUCACAGGUCAAGGGCAGGCUCCAGAGGCACGACCAGAUCAUGUAGGCUUUUCACUUUGCAAGAAAUCAGUGAAGCAACUAACAACUUUGAGGAGGGUCUGCUUCUUGGAGAGGGUGGUUUUGGCAAAGUCUACAAAGGAAUGAUGAAUAACGGGAAAGAAGUAGCCAUCAAAGUGGCUAAUCCCCAAUCAGGACAGGGUCUUCGUGAAUUUGAGAAUGAGAUUGAAUUGCUAUCCAAGCUCUCUCAUCAGAAUCUUGUCUCUCUGAUAGGAUACUGUAAUGAAGACUCUCAAAUGAUUCUAGUCUACGAAUUCUUGGCGAAUGGAUCUUUGAGUGGUCAUCUCCAUGGGACAAACUUUCUUCCUUUAUCAUGGAAGCGAAGACUGGAAAUAUGCGUUGGGACUGCGAAGGCUCUUCAUUACCUACACACAGGGGCUCCUCGAAGUGUAAUCCAUCGCGAUGUUAAGACAGCAAAUAUUCUCUUGAAUGACAAUUUUGACCCAAAAAUUGCUGAUUUUGGAAUCUCGAGAAAAGGUCCACCUCUGGAUAAGAGUCAUGUAACAACCUUGGUAAAGGACAGCUUUGGUUAUAUUGAUCCUGAGUAUUUCAGAACAAAAUAUCUCACAGAGAAAUCAGAAGUUUUCUCAUUUGGGAUGGUUCUGAUGGAAGUUAUGUGUGGCAAGUCUGCUUUAGACGACACUCGUCCAACAGAGCAUCUUAAUCUGGCAAAAUGGGCAUUAAGCUGCCAAGAAAAUGGCACCUUUCAUGAGAUUAUAGACCCAUAUUUGAUCGGUAAAGUGAACUUAGAUUCUCUACACAAAGUACGUGAGUUGGCUUGGAAGUGCUUGGAGGAGAGUCGCAUAAAUAGACCAUCAAUGGGGUAUGUACUGUGUGAGCUUGAAGAUGCUCUUCACCUUGAGUUGGCUUUACCAAUUCAGCAAAUUUCUGUGGAUUGUGCCAUCGAUAUGGUUGCAGAGAAUGGAAUCAGGGAUGAAGAGGAACAAGACUUCCCUGCAAAUCUCGUUCUCUCAGUUUAAUGACUUUAAACCCCUC